AUGUCAUUAAUUGAUCCAUUCUACCGAUACCAGAUAAAUGAAAAUAAGAUGUUCAGUGCUCCUGGAAAAUGGCUGAUCCUCCAAGAGUCCCGAUCAUCGUUUCCGCAGGCAGAUCAUUCUGCAACUCCGACCAAUGAAACCCAGCUAAGAGGCGUAUUCGAAAAUCUCAACAUCUUUCCUGACAGCGAAGUUACUAUAGCUCAGAGAAUCGAAGACACCGUCGUAAAACUUGUGUCCAUAUAUCGUCCGAAUACUGUUGCGAACCUGAUAUUUGAAGACCGAGGCGUAUGGAGCAAGGGGAAUCAUAUUCAGCUUCACAAUAAUGAGGAAACGUCACGGAGAAGAACGAAUAUCAUGCAGACACAGUUGAGGGCAGCCGCCGUGAUAACAAACCCAAAUACAAUGAAUCAUUGGGAAGAUUUCCAGGAGAGAAGAGUGGAUGGGGUGUCUAAAGUUGACUAUGCUUUCACUAAAGUGCUGGUAGCUCGCAUGAAUGCAACAGUACACUUCACGUUUACACCUACUUGGGGGUAUAAGUCAUCAAAUGGUAGCUGGGAUGGAAUGAUCGGAUCACUCCUUCGCAACGAAAUCGAUCUAGGCGGUACUGGCAUAUUCAUCACUGAACCUCGACUCGAAGUCGUCAGUUACAUCAAUCUUUAUACACCGACUAGAGUAAGAUUCAUAUUUCGGAGACCUCCGUUGUCAUUCGUCAGCAAUCUCUUCGUUUUACCUUUCGCCAGAAAUGUCUGGUUUGCGAUUGUAAUCUUCUGCUGUCUCGGUUACAUGGUUCUAUACUUCAGUUUGUCCCAAGAAUGGAAGAUGAUUGAGAAAAUACCUUAUGAGGAAAGAUUGUGGGGAGAUUUGGAAAUCAAACCUGCGUUUGGUGACAAUUUUUUGAUUGUGAUUGGUGCUAUCACGCAACAAGGUUCCGCAUAUGAACCGAGAACUGGCCCAGCCCGUGCUGUAGUCUUUAUGCUGCUGGUCACAUGUCUGAGCUUAUAUGCAGCUUAUACUGCUAAUAUUGUAGCCCUCCUGCAGUCCUCUUCGGAUUCGAUAAAGAAUAUCAAAGAUCUGAUGGAGAGUCCACUGCAAUUGGCACUGCAGGAUAUCGUUUACAAUCACUAUUACAUGGGUAAAUUCGAUGAUCCACUGAGGACAGAAUUCUACGAACGCCGUAUCAAGAAUCUUAAAAAUCCGUACAUGUCUACUGAAGACGGAGUUGAGAAAGUGAGAACCGAAUUGUUUGCUUUCCAUACUGAUUUAGUCAUGGGGUAUGAUGUCGUGAAGAGUACUUACGAAGAGGAUGAGAAGUGUGGUUUCGAGGAAAUUGAUUAUCUUUAUGUGUCGGAUCCAACUUUCAUAAUCCAGCGACAAUCGCCUUAUGCAGAAAUCUUCAGAGUUGGUGGCCUAUGGCUGGGGGAAACGGGUCUAGCUCAACGUUUCAUUGACAAAAUAUACCACAAGAAGCCAGAAUGCAACAAUCAGAAGAAAUUCAUUAGUGUUGGUACUGUCGAUUGCUACGCCGCUUAUCUCGUUAUAGUUUACGGAUUGGUAGUGACGUUUACGAUACUCUUGUGCGAAGUGUUAUGGUUCAAGAAUUUUGAUAAGAGAUCUUCUGAAAUCGACGACGAACCAGAGAAUCAUGACGUCGCAUCGAUUACAAGCGCCGCUGCAUCUGAUCAAACUUUCGGAGAGGAACUGAACUCUACGAUACUUGAAGAGAUAAUGUAGAAGAUUAUAGUGGAAUAGUAAUAG